AUGUCCGAGCUCGCGGCGGCCGUGGCGUCGCUGGGCGUCGACGACGAGGACCCGCGCAUCGCGACGCUGCGGCCGGACGAGUUGGUCGCCUACGCGCUCGGCCGCAAGACUCUGCUGGGCAUCCGCGGCAGCCGGCCCCGCCACUUCUUCGCGCACCUCGGGUUCAACCGCUUCGCGGCGACGGAGACGCCCGUGCCGGCGCGGGCGGAGGAGACGGAGACGCCGUCGCCGCUGUGGCUGCGCGAGCUCUGCUUCGACAGGAACAAGAAGCGACUCCGGCCCGCGAAGCCGGAGGACCUGCCGGCGUCCGAGCCGCUGCGCAUCCUCGACGACGACGCGACGCCCUUCGUCGCCUACGUCGACGCGAACGCCGCGGUCUACCGGCGGCCGCGGGACGGCUACCUCGACGCGCGCGACUGGACGGGCGAGUUCGCCGUCGACCGGCUCUUCUAUUCGGAGGUCGUCGCGGAGGUCGAGGCGCCCCGGCGCUGCUGGCCGGGCGAGGGCUGCCUCCUCAUCGACGUCGAGGACGGCGUCUUCGUCUUCGUCGGCGGCGAGGUCUACGCCUUCCGCUCCGAGCCCGUCGAGGCCUUCCACUGCUCUCUCGGCGCGGGCGGCGGCGUCUACGCGCUCGCCGUCACGGCGACGUCCUGCGUCUUCCUCCGGGACCGCGCCAUGGCGAAGCGGAGCGACGUCGAGCCCCACCUCGGCGACGCGGGCUGGGCCGGCGCCUACGGCGUCCUCUACGACCGCAAGCCGCCCCGGAGCCCGCUCCGGGACGUGAAGCUCAUCGCCGGGCGGGACGACUAA